CAGCUGAGAUCUGGUUCCGCCCAUUCCAGGGCGCCUCCCUCUCCGGGUUCUCCUUCCACAGAAGAACUCCUCCGACCAGUUCGCCCAGAAGAGGAAGAGAGCAGACCGGAGCGGCCCAGCUCCGGCAAAACCUUCAGAGGAGACCUGAGCGACCCGUAGCUGCUGUCCUCGCGGUCUGACCACCAUGUCCACCCAAACCAACCACAAAACCACGACGCACACCUACAGGACGGUAAACGUGACUUCCGGGGAACCUUUGGGCACCAAGGUGUUCACGACCAGGCCGAUGUCUCCGGCUCCGCUGUCUCCGCUGACUCAGGUGUCCACCCUGCCGUACAACGCGGUGAACGGCUACGAUUCGGUGCGGUACCUGGUUCCGGUGCAGCAGGCCCUACCGCAGCAGCCCAUGGUCCUGAUGCAGCAGCCCAUGAUGAUGCAGCAGCCCAUGAUGAUCCAGCAGCCCAUGACCAUCCAGCAGCCCCUAACGCAACAGGUGUACUACCACACGUUACCGCGCGUGAGCGUCAGCAGCCAGGAGUCCGACGAGCUGUUCCAUCAGCAGAACAACAUCCAGAGCAUCAGCCGACAGUCCGUCUCCUCCGUCUUCAGUCACCCGUCCAGUCCCAGUAAGAGUUCACCAACAAGAGUGGAGGAAGUGAACAUCUUGGAGUCAGAGGAGGAGGAGGAGGUAGUGGAUGAAGAGGUGGAGGAAGACGAUGAUGACGUGGACAAUGGAUCAGUUGAGAUUGAGGAGGUGGAGAUAGUGAAUGUGAUCCAGCAGAAACAGUCGCCAAUCUCAAAGACCUUCUCCAGGAUUGACCUGAAGGAGACGGCGAUGGUGCCGGAGCCGCCGAAGCUCGACACGCGUUACUUUGGAGAGCUUCUGGCUGACGUCUACAGGAAAAACUGUGACAUCCACUCCUACAUCUCUGACCACGUGUCCCGGAUCCGUGGACUGAAACACCAGCUGGAUGGAAAUGACAAGGCUGAUAAAGAUGAGGUGGAAGCUUUGAUUCCUAAAGGAGCCACUGAACUGACCAAACAACAGAUGCGUUACCUGCUGCAGACUCGCCUUACUGCAGAUAAAAGCAUGCGUCUGCUGCUCUCCACCUUCAGCAGUCUGAGAGAGGAGCUCCUGCAGAUGUCUGAAGACCUGCGGCGUCUGGAGAGCGAGAAGGAGUCUCUGGAACGAGACCUGAGCUUUAAAGCAGACCAGGCCCGGCAGUACGACUCCCUCCUGGAGACGGUCCGGGAGAACAGCAAGCAGCUGCAGAUGUCUCUGAAGGCGGCCGAGUCCUCCAAGCGUUCCCUGGAGAAUCAGCUGAGCAGCAGCCAGAGCAACAACUCUAACCGGGACUUCAAGCUGAAGGAGCUGGAGGGUCGCAUAAGAGCGAUGCAGAAGGAGAACGAGCUGCUCAAGCAGAAGCUGGAAGGUCAGAGCAGCAACGCCACGCUGCAGAUUAAAACAGAGGAGUUGUCCCGGCAGUACAGCGAUCAGCUCAGUGCCAUGAGGAACGAGAAGGACCAGGAGAUCCAGAGACUCAGGUCCCAGAUAGCGAGGAUCCAGACAGAAGUCACAACCACCAAGACCAGCUCGGAUGAAAGUCUCCGACUGAAGAUCACCGAGCUGAUGACCAUGUUGGAGCAGAGGGAGACCACCAUCAGAAGACAGGAGGAGCAAAUCCGCAAACUGACGCUGGAGAGGACAGACAGCUCCAAGAAUGUCACCAAGACCAUCAUCACCAAAAGGUACAGGAACCAGUACCCGAUCCUGGGUCUUCUCAGCGACGACUACCAGGUCACCUCACCCGUCAAAGAAGCUAAAACCAUCGUCAUCGAGAGAACCGGAGAGAUGAUAAAACAGGUAUAAACAGGAAAAAUGAAGGAAUUUCAGGUGUUGAACCGACAACCUUCUGAUGUCCGACAUCCUGCAGAAGGAACCAACAUCUUUACUGGAACGUGUGCUUUAUUUAUUUGGGAGAUUUGGAUCUAUUUUUAAACACGUGACUGAAUGAAGUCACCAACAGGAUUCUGAAUUCAACUCAAAGAUGUUUCAUUAAAUCUAAAAUCUGAUUGUUUCUAAAACCAAACUAAAUCUCAGCGUUACAGGACGUCAGAUGUUUUAGGAAUCUGGUCACAAUUUGGAAAAUAAGCAUGUAUGGUUCUAGUCUGUUGCACCUUAAGACAGUUUAAAUUAAUCAUUUGUUAAUCUGUCUUCCAAUUAAAAGAUAAACUCUG